AUGACCCAACCUCGCUCCUCCAACCCGUGCACCUACCUCGUCCACCUCCUCACCACCACGCUCACGUUCGUCAUGGCGGUGCUCUCCAAAUCGCUCACCACCGUCGCUGGUGGGGCGCUGUUGCUGCUGGCAUUGAUCUCGCCUCGCUCGCAGAAGCUGCGUUUCUACCUCAACUCGUUCCUAUAUAUCGCGGGAAUGGGAAUCUGCUCAGUUUGGGGCAUCGUCGUUUCCGUCAUCAUGUCGCUGAUCCCGGGUCAGAGGUUGAACAUCAACAAGGUCGUUGCGCGGUCCUUCUGGCGUCUCACCGCGCCGCUCGUCGGCAUCAAGUUUGUUGUUGAAGGCGAGGAGAACUUCAACAAGGCCGUCCCCGCCGUAGUGGUAGGAAACCACCAGACCGCAAUGGACAUUCUCUACCUCGGCCGCAUCUUCCCCGCCCACGCAUCGAUCAUGGCCAAGAAGGAGUUGCAGUUCGCACCGUUGCUUGGUCAGUUCAUGAAGCUGUCCGGUGCGGUGUUCAUCAACCGUAAGAACCUCAAGGACAGCGUCAAGACGUUCAGCGAGAUCGGCGCGACGAUGAACCGCAAGAAGCUUUCACUCUGGAUCUUCCCCGAAGGCACGCGGUCCGGGUUGGCAACUCCCGACCUGCUGCCGUUCAAGAAGGGUGCGUUCCAUCUCGCCAUCCAGGCCGGCGUACCGGUGGUCCCCGUGGUGUGCGAGAACUACAACCGCCUGUUCGACUCGAAAUCCCGCUUCGAAUCGGGCGUCAUCAAGAUCAAGGUUCUAGAGCCGAUUCCGACCAAGCACCUCACCGCACAAGACGCAAACGACCUCACCGACAAGGUUAGGAACGCAAUGCUCAAGGCGCUGCAAGAGAUGGACGCCGAACGACAGCGCGCCGAUACCGCAGGUGGAUUGGCCGAGGACGAGGCGAGGAUGGGCGGCGUCGCCGGCUUCUUUGCGCAGUUCGUGGGGAGCGGAAAGAGCUGGUCGAGCGUCAACAGGAAGGUGGAUCGCAAGGAGAAGCAGUUGCGGGAGAAAGGGACGAGUGGCGAGAAGCCCGAGGAUUACCAUCUCGUGUCUGAGGGUCAGAAGGGCAAGUAG